AUGGCAGGGAAGACUUCCCCCCCCAAAAGCGCCCGGAGGCGUGGAGGGGGGAAACUGUCGCGGUUGAGUGUUGGAUGCCCAAACCUUAAGGGUCCCAUUGAGGAUCCUCCCAGUAUCCUGGCAUCCAGCCUGAUUGUUCCCAGUUCAACUAUUGCAACAAUCCGCCGUGGUUCCGACUCUGAUAAGAUAAUAAGAUCUCCAUGCGUGAAGGUUAUUGCGGCAUUACCAGGACGUUCAGAGCGAAAGGGUUCUAUCGGAAUGGAGUUUGGGCGUCGGCAGAGGAAAAUAUGUAAACCAGUCAUGGAAAAUCCUUGGCAGACAGACUGA